CGUGCUACCAAUAAUAAGUCAUUUCCUGUUUCCAUCCCAUGGGAUACAGAGCUCUCACCAAAAAACGCUAACAUGGACGAAGAAGCAAGCAAACAUCACGAGGAAAGAAGAAACACACUUCUCGUCCUCCUAAACUGCUCGCUACUCGCCGUCGGCGCAGUUGGCGGCCAACUCCUCUCCAGAAUGUACUUCCUCCACGGCGGCCACAAGCGGUGGCUCUCAGCCUUCACGGUAACCGCCGGCUUCCCAAUCCUAAUCCUCCCCAUCGCCGUCUCCUACAAACGCCGCCGUUUCCUCAUCCCGGCCCGGCUCGCCGCCGCGAGUGGGCUUUUGGGCCUCCUAUUGGGCUUCAACAGUUACCUCUACUCCUUCGGCACCGCCUACCUCCCCGUCUCCGUCGCUUCCCUCGUCGGCUCUUCCCAGCUGGCAUUCACCGCCGCCUUCGCUUUCCUCAUAGUGAAGCAGCGGUUCAGCCACUACACCGUGAACGCCGUCGUUUUGAUGACGCUGGGCUCGGCGGUCAUCGGAUUCCACAUGGACGGCGACAUCCCCAAGGGGGAAUCGAAGGGUAAAUACGCGUUGGGCUUCUUCAUGACCAUUGCCGCCUCUGCCACUCAUGCUCUGUUCAUGACUCUGCUUCAGUAUACUCAGGGGAAGGCUCGUGUCCCCGUCGAUUACGACGUCGUGUUGCAGGUCCAGCUCGUCAUAUCCAUGGUUGCUACCCUCUUCUGCGCCGUCCCCAUGAUCAUCAAUGGUGACUUUCAGAAUCUAGCCAGGGAAGCAGCAGAAUUCGGCCUCGGGGAGAAGAAGUACUACAUGAUUGUAGUUCUAGCAGCCAUUGGACUUCAGGUUAUGAUAAUUGGGAGCCUUGGAUUGGUUCUGUGUUCUUCGUCCCUAGUGGCUGGCAUCGUCACCAGUCUUCUAGUCCCGGUUCGACAAGUCUCCGCCGUGAUUUUCUUGCGUGAAGGGUUUGACGCCGAGAAGGGAAUGGCGUUGGCGUUGUGCCUCUGGGGAUUUGCUUCUCACUUAUACGGACGAUACAGGGCAGGGUCUGAAAAGCAAGAUACAGAUGAUCGAAAUCCGCAGCAAUUUGAGCAUGGAAACGGUAAUAAUCUUGGUUAG